AUGCAUACAUAUAUAUAAAAUGACAAUGAGGAACCUUUACUCUCAUAAAAAUCAUUAACUUAGUCUGAGACUAUCAUAAAGGAAAAGAGUUAUGAAAUUUAUUAGGAGUAUCAAUGGAUUUUUCAAUAUUAUUAAGAGACCGAUUACUCAAUAGUUUCAAAUAGAUAGAUUCCAAUCAUUUUUGAUUCAAAAAAAUAAAAUAUAACUUUGGAGAACUUCAAUAUCCUCCCCCAUAAAAAUUAAGUUCUAGUUCAAUACAAAGGAGUUGAAAACUCAAGCUACUUAGACACAUUCAACCUUUUGAGUAGAGAAUUAAUCUAAACUAUUUAGUUUAAGGAUUCAAUUUCCUACUUUCAUUAUUCACGUUUCAAUGAUGUUGAUUACAUAUUCUAUUAGAAGAAAUAAUAGAGAACGAUUCAUUUACUGAGAAUUGACGAUUUAAAUGAUAAUGAGGAAAAUAAUUUGAUUAAGUUCAUUUUUAAAGAGGAAUUCGCUAUCUAUGAUGCUUGGAUUUUAGAUGAAUCUACUAUCAGCAUGAGAUGUUUAUUUUCAGAUUAGAUUAUUCAACUUAUUUUCAAAUUAGACAAGUAUGUCAGUUAAAUAACUAAAGAAUCUGAAAUUUAAUUUGACAUCAUAUUUAUCUCCCAGCUGAACUAUGCUAAAGCAAUAUCUCAAUAAAAUGCAAAGAUAUUCGUAAAGGAUUAGAAAUAAAGUUUCUUUCAACUAGUUUGCGGAUCCAAUGAUAGUUUAGAUUACAAUCUAUUUAGGAACCAUAUACUCUUUCAUCAAAAUUCUAAGACCCUAUUUAUUAAUAAAAAUACUCUUGAGGUAGAAAAUACUCUAGAAAAACUUUAUUACGUAGUAAAUCACUAAGGUUACUAUGAGUAUCUCAUGGAUUCUGAACUUAACCUCUUCACAGUCGAUUAAGGUGAUAAUUUAUAACUCUUGAAAAUCCAUUAAUUCUCUAAAAAUCGAAUCUUUUAAUUGAGCUAGGUAGUAACUUCUCCAAAUAAGAUAUUUUUUUAGUACAAGCUAGAAACAUUGAUUCAAAUUGUGUAAGUUUAUGAUGCAAGGACAUUUAAAUUACUUGAUGAGAUUAAUGUACCCGAGAUGACUAGAGUUCAGAUAGAUUCCAGCAAUAAUACACUCUACUUUUUGCUAAAAAAUAACAAAUUCAGAUACUACAAUCUUAACUCAAAUUAUGACUACUAUCAUACUGUUCAACCGUUAUAUUUUUUGAAAGAGUAAAUUUUCCAAAGCUAGAUUAUAAAGAGUCUGAAUAACUAUCUUAUCUAUGAAUUGAAAUCUAAAGAUUCAAUAGUAAUCCAUGACAUGUUUAGCGGGAAAACUCUUGAAAUUGCUAAGGAGUACUAUAAGACAUGCAUUGACUACCUUCUUUUUGAUAAAUAAUUUUUAGACGAUAGUGAAUUUUAUGAAAAAAUAAAAAUUCCUCUAGAAAUUAAAAAGGCUAUGGAGAUCAAAUCAGAUGAUAAGAUUAUCUCCUGCUCUGCCGAUGGUUAGAUAUUUCUUAAUAAUAACAGAGUUAUUUCUCUGGAGGACUUGAGAAAAAAAUCUGACAUUGAAUAUGAGAAUGAGCCCCGAUAUUUCUGUCUAAUGUCAAGUAAAAAUAACGACAAUGCCUAUGUGCUUGAUAUCUCUUCCAAAAAUAAGCUUGUCUAUUUUGAUAAAGCUGUUUAACAAUUCAGAGUAUUUGAAUUGAUUGAUCCACUUCUUGAUGAAUAUCCAAUCAAAGCUAUUCUUGAGAGGCCACUCCUUCUUUUAUUAAUACAAUAUGAAACUUAGCUCAUUGGAUAUAGUCUAGAAACUGGAUAAAGAAUCAAUGAAAUAUGUGGUACUGGUAAGACAUCAUCGAUAUUCAUUGAUAGAAAUUAUCUGUAAAUAAGCUUUUAUGAUUGUAGGUAUGUCUACUUUUUCAAAAAUAGAAGGAUUGAUAAAAUCUUACAAAUUAAGUUUCCUGAAAAUUUAGAAAUCUUAGACAGCUUUUAAAAUAGUAUAAAUCUAGUCAGCUAAACUAUUUUAAAAAGAAAAGAUAAGCCUGAUAACUCUGAAAUAUAUACCAUGUUUGAAACAUCUUUUGAUUACAUGAAUAUGUAACAAUAUUUUACCCAACCAAUGUUUUUAGCCUUUUACUUUGAAAAAACUUUCAAAGUAAUAAUAGACUCAAGUAAAGUUUAAAUUUUUGCAAAAGGUGAUAUUUAAUAAUCUGGUUUCUUUGAUGUAAAAGUAACGGACUAACUCAUUAAUGAUUAUAGGUAAAUCAAAAAGUUAGGAGAAAAAUCUAUAGAUGAUUUUAAUGCUAUGGUAAAUCUAGAUCUUAAAAGUUUAUAUCAUUCGCAAACAUCAACACUCACAAACAAAAUGAAUAUCGAGAUUGUUAUUCAUGAGAUAUGCACAGAUGUAAAUAAAUAUACUAAAUUCAUCGCUGGGUUUGGUACUUGUUUUAAUUUGUUUUAAGAUAAAUUGAUUAUCCUUGAGCUCAUUGUAAAAUAACUUUUGACUAAUUAGAGAGUAAUUAACCAAUAUAAAAGUUAAUCAUUGCCUAUCCUUAUAACUCCAAUAAUGCUUGGGGAAUAGUCUCCUUUAGAUUUUGCAAUUUAAAAUAGGGAAUAAAAAACAAUAAAUUUACUCCUUUCAAUCUUACUAAAAUACUAAAAUAGCAUGAUAUUCAACUAACUUGUUGAUUAGAACUUAUGCGCGCUACUUAUACAAGAGACAGAUUUGCAAGAAUAUUUUGAGAGCAACAUGCCAAAUUAUCAAAUUCGUGAUCGAUCUUUUCCAAAUUAACACUUUGAUGGACAAACAAUUAUUGCUGCUAUCAAUAUUGAUGACCCUAAAGAUGUUCAUCAUUGUUAUGAUGAAUUAUUUGGACAGAAGCUAUAAAUUGCAUCUGACUAUGAUCAAGAAUAUCAUAAUCCAAUAGAGUACCAUCUAAUUAAUUUGCCAAAAACUCUUUAAUAAAACCCAACUGAAUUAAUGUAAAUCUUAAGUGAAACCACAAAGCCAGAAUAUUUUGAAAAUCAUAUCAUUCAGACUAUUAUUAACUUUAAAUGGCAAUUAUACACUCUUAGCUAUUACAGGAUUAAAUUUUACAUCUAUCUGGUAUUUAUGGUAGCUUUUAUCUUUGACGUCUUUUACUCAAUUUACUCAUCUAAAAGCACAGAUGAUAACGCUAAAUAGACUGAAGACAAAGAAUCAUAACAUGAUCAACAGCCUAGUAUCUUCCUUAAAAUUACACCAAAAAUAUUAUGCGGCUUGGUCUUGUUUUACUUUUCAAUCCAUUUGAUAAGAUAAUUAAUAAUUAAAGGAGCUAGCUCCUUUUCAGACUUUUGGAAUAUGAUAGAUUCUUCUUUAGUUGUUUUUUACAUUAGUUUUUGCUGUCUUGAAUUUACAUAUGAAGACUCAGAUUUACUAAUCUUGAAUAAGAUACUGCUAAUUAUACUCUGCUUUAUAAAGCUCUUCUACUAUUUGAGAAUAUACGAAGGACUUAGUGCACUAAUUCAGAUUUUGACUGGAGUUCUUAGUGACCUAAAAUAUUUCUUCAUCCUUUUCUUAAUAUUCAUUUCUCUAUUUGGAACGAUAUUUUUAGUUUUGUUCAAGGCUGAUUCAAUCAAUGAAUACAGUGGUGUGAGUGGAAUAGCUUACUUCUUAAUGAGCUUUAGAAUAUCGACUGGAAGUUAUUAAUUAGCUGAUUAUCAGAACUAAGACAACACAUUAGUUAUUUUCUCUUGGAUAUUAUGGAUUUUCGCAGUUCUUACUCUCAAUAUUGUGUUCAUGAACUUUAUCAUUGCUGUGAUUUCUGAAUCCUAUGAAAUUGCGAUGCAGCAUAUCAUAGCUUAAUCUUAUUAAGUGAAAGCUAAAAUGAUUGCAGAGAGAGAAGCAUUAUUUUCCUAAUAUGAUUUAUCUAAUUAGGAUUUUUUCCCCAACUAUUUAGUGGUAAGAAGAUUAAGUAACAAUGAAGUUAAUGAGGUUGGAGAAUGGCAAGGAUUUAUUGCAGAUCUUAAAAGCACAAUUAGAUCAACUAUUUCCAAGUCUAAGAGCGAAAUAAUUCAAAAUCAUUCCUUAGAGCUCUCCUGCCUUCAAAAAUAAUUUGGUGAAUUCCAAAAAGAGGAGUUUGUUUAAUUAAAAUAAGAGAUAAAACAGGAAAUUGAAUCUAAAGUUUAAGGGCUAAAAGAGGAUAUGGAUUUCUUAAAGUCUUCCAUCUCCUAAAUAUUACAAAAACUAAACAAUUGA